UAAGAGGCGCGGGGCCCUGUGCCGGUGGAGCGUGUGAGGGCAGCGGCACCGGCGGGGCGCGGAGCAUCCCCCCCUCACCCCACGGCGCUUUUUGGGCUUUUCUGGGUGUUUUCGGUAGUUUUUUGAGGGGUUGUUUUUUUUUGUUGGGUUUUUUUUUUUCCCACACUUUUUGGCUGUCCCAGAGCCGCCGCCGCAGCUCGGGGACCCCCACCCGGGACCACCGGGCAUGGAGGGGGCGGCGGGAGCCCGGCCAGGCGGGCAGCGCUGACCGGAGCCGCGUCCCGGGGCCGCCGCCGGCGGGGACCCCCCAUGAGCGGCUGAGCGGGGCCGGUGCCCCCCGCCCGUCCAUGGGCGCGCUGGAGCCGGGCACCGGAGCCCCCCGGGCCGCCGCCCCCAUGCUCAGCACCGCCGCCAGCCUCGCCAAGGAGCCGCCGGGCCCCCGGGACGCCGCCGCCGCUUUCUUCGGUGAUGGCGGGGGACCGGAACCGGGAGCCCCUCCGCUCCCUUACGGCGCUCCCGGCGGUUUCGGCGGCCGGUUCCUGGGGCCGUGCCCGCCGUACCGGGCUCCGCCGCCUCCCGCCGCUCCGGUGGAAGGUUACGCGGGUGCCGAGGGCGGUUUCGGCGGCGGGGGGGGCCCGCUGUGCCCCCCGCUCUGUGCCCUGCCCGGCUACAGGGCGGCCGGGAAGGUGCAGGUGAUGCUCAACAAUUACCCGCUCUGGGCCAAGUUCCACAAGCACCAGACCGAGAUGAUCAUCACCAAACAGGGCAGGCGCAUGUUCCCCUUCCUCAGCUUCAGCGUGUCGGGGCUGAACCCCGUGGCUCACUACAGCGUCUGCGUGGACGUGGUGCUGGUGGACCAACACCACUGGCGCUACCAGGGCGGAAAAUGGGUGCAGUGCGGGAAAGCCGAGGGCAACAUGCCAGGGAACCGCCUGUACCUGCACCCCGACUCGCCCAACACGGGCGCGCACUGGAUGAGGCAGGAGGUUUCCUUCGGGAAGCUGAAGCUCACCAACAACAAGGGAGCCUCCAACAACGUCGGGCAGAUGAUCGUGCUGCAGUCGCUGCACAAGUACCAGCCGCGGCUGCACGUCACGGAGGUGAGGGAGGGCGAGGGGGAGGACGGCUACCCCUCCCCGCACACUCACACCUUCGCCUUCCCCGAGACCCAGUUCAUCGCCGUCACCGCCUACCAGAACGCCGAUGUGAGUGCCAGACCCCCUGCCAGUCCCGAGCCCCCUCCCCAAAAUCCCCCAGCUCACGAAUACUCCAGGAAUGCCCCCAGCAUCCUCUCAGAAAGCAGUGAGGAUAUCCCGGUGUCAUCACAGCACCCCCAAACCUCCCCCAGGGCGGCCCCCCAGCACCCUCCAAGGUGUCCUGAGAUUCAGGAAAACCCCGCUGGCCUCCCUGCUGUCUGCAGCAUCCCUGAGACCCCCGGUGCAUCCCCUCAGCAUCCCAGGGGCUCCCCCUGCAUCCCUUCGGCAUCCCGGAGGCCUCCCAGUGCCGCCAGUAUCCCCUCAGACUUCCAGAACCAACUCGUGGGGUCCCCUCAGAACCAUCCCCUGCAUCCCCUCGGCAUCCCAGUGUCCCACAGAACCGUCCCACACAUCCCCUCGGCAUCCCGG